AAACAGAAAAGGAUACUUCUCCUUAAAUGUUCAGGCUGUUGUUGGUCCUCGUACAGAAUUUUUAGAUAUAGUUCCCGAAUGGCCAGGAAGAGAACAUGAUAGCCGAAUCUUCCAAAAUUCAAGGAUAUAUAUGCGAUAUAGACAACAAGCACUAGACGGAAUGCUCGUUGGAGAUGGUGGAUAUCCGGCUUUACCGUUUUUACUUACACCAAUUGCUAAUCCUAUAACCGAUGAAGAAAUACGUUAUAAUAUAAUUCAUGGUAGAACAAGAAGAAUCGUCGAGAGAACUUUUGGCAUAUGGAAAAUCAGAUUCCCUUGUUUGUCUAGAGGACUAAAAGAAGAAGAAAUAGAAGAUGGAAAUAUUAAUGAGGAAGUUCCAGUAGCUGAGCUUCAAUGGCAAGCUGGUGAUGGUUUUAUUGUGCGAAAUGCAUUAAUUGAGAGGCUGUUUAGAUAAAAGGAAAAAGAUUGUUCCAAUUGCAAUAGAAUUAAGAUAUUGUUAUAGUUUGCUAUUUUUAUAUAUAAAUUAAUUCACUACAAUUCAAUUAUGU